AUGUCAUACGAGCCAGAACAACUCCGCCUCCAAAAACUUUGGCAAGAACUGUUAUCUAAAGACGAAAUAGACGAUGAAAACUUGUUUGGAGAAACAUCACCUGAUGAAUAUCAGCCUUCUGACUCUGAUUCGGAUUCAGGAAAUAAGGAAAGACGAAAAAGUGAAAAAUCUGUAAAAACGACAUUUGUUUUUGAUAAAAACCAACCUCUACUUCGACAGCUAGUGUACAGGACCUUGUUGAUGGAAGCCAACCGUCAACUUCAGGAGCCGUUGUGCAGAAGUUCGAUGCUGCCAGUAUACAAUAAACAAUUAAAGAUCUCAUAG